GCUACUUCUCCUCUUCCUCCCAAAAAACCUCACAAAACCCAAACCACCUUUUUCUUUUCACGAACAACAAUGAAGUUCUCCGUCGUCCUCGCUUCCCUCCUCUUCGCUGCUGGCGCCUACGCCCAGUCCUCUGAAGGCGAAGCCCCCGCCUCUGACUCCGUCGUCCCCACCGACGCUGUCCCCUCUGCCUCUGGCGACGCCUCCGGCUCUGCUUCUGGCUCUGUCCGCCCCACCAGCUCCGCCUCUGGCUCUGGUGCUGAGCCCGAGCCCACUGAGGACGAGGGUGCUGCCCUCCGCCUCGGUGCCCCUAUCACCCUCGGCGCCAUCGCCGCCGCUGCUGGCCUCCUCCUCUAAAUCGCUUCAUGAUUUAGCCCUUCAUGUUUAUGACCUGCAUGCCGUUUUACCUAGGACCAUCGGGCGUCUGAUAACCUAAUGUCCCUCAUCGCUAAUUCCAUACCCACAACAUGUUAUUACCGCGGUUGGCCCUGAGCUUCUACGCAUGUACCGGGACUCUUAUUAGACAUUCAUGAACUUUACCCUAUAUACCUACGAUUCAAUGCAUACUAGUUAAAGCUGAA